UUUCCAUUUUUGCUCCUUCCUUAUCCCAAGUUUUUUUCACUUCACUUCUCAGUACUCAUCACCAAACUUGAACUAUACACAUUACACACACACGCACGCUCUCAUGUCCGUUCCUCUCUUCAACCUCGCUCCAGACCUCACAGUUUCUAGGCUCUGCUUAGGGACCAUGACUUUUGGUGAGCAGAACACUCUUCCACAGUCAUUUCGCCUCCUCGAUGCAGCUUUCGGUGCUGGAAUCAACUUCUUCGACUCUGCAGAAAUGUACCCAGUGCCUCAGCGUGCUGAGACUCAGGGUAGGAGCGAGGAGUACCUGGGCCGUUGGAUUAGAGAUAGGAAGAUCUCCCGGGAUCGCGUCGUUUUAGCCACAAAGGUUACUGGACCAUCUGGGCAAAUGACUUGGAUUCGAGGUGGGCCAAAGUGUUUGGAUCACAGGAAUAUUACUGAAGCCAUUGACAACAGCUUGCUGCGAAUGCAAACUGACUACAUUGAUCUUUAUCAAAUUCAUUGGCCAGAUCGCUAUGUGCCCAUGUUUGGGGAAACUGAAUAUGAUCCAACUCGACAGUUCAGUUCGGUUGAUAUAGAGGAACAACUUGACACUCUUGGUAGAGCCAUUGAUGCUGGAAAGAUCAGAUACGUUGGUCUCAGUAAUGAAACACCAUAUGGCGUCAUGAAAUUCAUUCAGAUUGCCAAACGAGUUCCUGGCCAUCCUAAGAUAGUAUCAGUGCAGAACUCAUACAGCUUGCUUUGUCGAACUUUUGAUUCUGGAAUGGCUGAGUGCUGUCACCAUGAGAGGGUCAGCUUAUUGGCCUACAGUCCCUUGGCAAUGGGUGUUCUCUCUGGGAAGUAUUCUUUGCCAGAUGGGGGUCCCACAGAUGCUCGGUUGAAUCUUUUUAAAGGUAGGUACUCAGAAGGGGAAUCCAGAUACAACCUGUCCAGUAACAUCAUAAAAGCAGCUACCAUGGAGUAUCUUGAAAUUUCCAAAAAAUAUGGCCUUCAUCCUGUAUCCCUUGCAAUUGCCUUUGUUUUGAGGCAUCCUCUUGUUGCAAGUGCUGUUUUUGGAGCUACUAAGUUGUGGCAGCUUCAGGAGGUUCUCAAUGCAUUCAAAGCAGAGCUCACAUCUGAAAUAAUUGUUGAAAUUAACAAGAUUCAUGGAAAGUUUCCCAAUCCAUGUCCCUGAUCAGUAGUCAAUGCUGUUCAGUUUCUUAUUAAGGAAAAUUGACUAGAUUGGCUAAAAGGGAUCCGGUUGUACCUCGUGCAAUUGCAUUUGUAAUAUUGAUUAAUUUGAUAUUAUUGAAGGUUGUCAGUUUUGUUGGUGCUUUGCUAGAGGUGGUGGCAGUCAUAUGACAAAAGCUUGUACCUACCCUUAGCAAAUUCUCCAAGAGAUGCAUGACAGUAAAAGUCCACUACAAAUUGUUGCAUCUUCACAAUUGUUCAUGUGUUUUGUGCCCCAGUUUAGUUGUGUACUUAGUGCUCGUGUGGACCAGAUUUGACAGAUACAUCUGAAGAUGGCAAAGGAUAAAAUUUUCUGGAUUUUUGAUGAUAAUAUUUUGCACCUAUAAAGGUGUAUGUUUUGUGCGCAUCAAUCACCAUAGUGCUACUUGUACUUUUUGGUGAUCAAAUGCUCUGUUCAGAUUUUGAAAGGUACGGGGCUGUGGGGUCUGGUCCCAACUGCAACAUGGCAGCACCACGUGGAAAUUAUAAUAUAAUUGGACUUUCA